GCAAGCUAAAAAUAACCUGGCAGGCAGGCCACCGGCGCGGAGGGGGCAUGUGCUGGGCGUGGACACUCGAUCCGAGGGACCCAGCUGAGUGGAGCUGAGACAAUUCGGCGGACCGUGCACACUUCGGUUCCCACUGCUGCCCCACUACCAGAGGGGUCCCUUGGCCCGGUGCCUGGAGGUCGCUCCCCAUGGAGGAAAUGCCUUUCGCCAGCCUGGGGAGGGGCAGCCGCCGAGGAAGGAAGGUCGUCUGGGCUCUGAGCUUCCUGCUACUUCUCCUGGAAGCCAGUUCUGCCAAGAAUGUCUGGAAACGGGCAUUGCCUGCGAGGCUGGCCGAGAAAUCCCGAGCCGAGGAAGUGGGCGGCCCCCGACAGCCCCGCGCAGACCGCUGCCCCCCGCCCCCGCGGACGCUGCCCCCGGGCGCCUGCCAGGCUGCGCAGUGCCAGAGGGACUCCCAGUGCCCGCGCCACCGGCGCUGCUGCUACAACGGGUGCGUGUACGCCUGCCUGGAGGCCGUGCCGCCCCCGCCAGUUUUAGACUGGCUGGUGCAGCCGAAACCUCGAUGGCUUGGUGGCAAUGGUUGGCUGCUGGAUGGCCCUGAGGAGGUAUUGCAAGCAGAGGCCUGCAGCACCACUGAGGAUGGGGCGGAGCCACUGCUGUGUCCUUCUGGCUAUGAGUGCCACAUCCUGAGCCCCGGAGACCUGGCUGAGGGCGUCCCCAACCGAGGACAGUGCGUCAAGCAGCGGUGGCAAGCAGAUGGACGAAUCCUAAGACACAAAUUCCACAAAGAAUAUCCGGCCGGUUUUCGAGAGCACCCCUUCACUUUCUGCUAA